GACAACCCUUCCAAAUAGUUACGGGACUUGAUGUGCAUGGGACGGCUUCUUUGAUUGUCUAGCAAGUUUUCCGGGAUCACCUGUGCCAUCGCCCGAAAAGGGACAGGCAGCAGAUGAUGACGGUCCGGAUGCUUCUUUUGCUCGUGGUGGCCUCUUUGUCGUUGUGCGGAGCUCUCGCACAGCCGAAUGUUGCAGGGCUGUCUGCCCUGCGGCAGCAGAGCCGUGACCGCGUGAUCACGCUCACGGAUGAGGUGCUGUCGGAGUUCAUCAUGGGGCGCAGCCGCCCGUACUCUGCGGUUAUCUACUAUUCGGCACAGCAGGUGUCUGAGGGCAACCCCUCGCUCAAGCUGGACGAGCUGCGACGCGAGUACGCCUACGCCGCCAAGGCCUUUGCGGCGGGCCCCGAUGCCGACAAGGUGUUCUUCUUCGAGGCCGCUCUGGAGGUGACGCAGAAGCCCUUCGCCAUGCUUCAGGUGAACUCGCUGCCGUACGUGGUGCGCAUCCCCGGCAGCCAGGCGGUGGCGCAGGCCACACUGGAGCUGCCCAAGGCCGACAAGAUGCUGCCGGAGAACACCAAGGGCGCCUACCCCUGGCCGGCAGAGACCUUCGUGGCCUUCGUUAGCGGCCGCACGGGUGCGGCGGCGGCGGAGAUCGACCGGCCCAGCAUCUACAAGAGCCCCUUCUUCCCGCCAGUCAUCUUUGGCGGCGUACUCACUGCCGCCUACUUGGGUUACAAGGUGUACGCGCUGGGCGCGCUGCGGCACUCCGCCAUCUGGGCCGUGCUGUCUCUGGCGGUGUUCUGGUUUAGCGCCAGCGGCGGCAUGUAUAACAUCAUCCGCGGCAUGCCGUUCUUCAUUCGCGACCGCAACGGCCGGCUGCAGUUCUUCCUGACCAGCCGGCAGGGCCAGCUGGGCGCUGAGGGCUUCAUGCUGGGCACGCUGUAUCUGAUGGUGGGCGGCAGCCUGGCCUUCGUGACCUAUCUGGCGCCGCGGAUAUCGUCCAGCCGCAUCCGCGACUCGUGCAGCCUAGUGGGAGCUCUCAUCGCCGCCAGCUCUAUGUACCAAACGUUCAAGCUGUGGAACUUGAAGACGGGGUACAAGCACGUCUCAUACUUCUAGAGGCUAGAGUAGUCACGGGCCAUACUGAUUACUCUGCCUUUGAUGGAACGAGUCACAGGUUCGGUUUUGUCGCGUGAGAGCCGCCUCACACCGGUUUGGGCACGUGCUUGGGUGCUGUGCCGCAGUGCUGGAUGCGCAUGGAAUGAGAAUAUGCAGACCGAUAUCGAUGUGUGCUGUUGGCGAUGCUAGAGGACGUCCUCGGAAGUCACGUCACGGGGCACAGUGAACUGGUUAAGACGCCCAUCAGUAAACCAUCUGCACCC